CGCCUGUCUACUCUACUCAUCAAUUGGCCACUGUCUGUACCAUCCCUGCAAUUUUAUUUUUUUUUAAAAAGCAUGGGGCUUCCACCAUUUUUUCCAUGGCAAUACAUGACAAAAAUCUACUUCGAUUCAUUAAAGAGCCUUCAAUUCAUUAAAGAGCCUUUUUUUUUUUUUUUUGUGUGUAAAUUUCUUGUGAAUUUACAGCGAAAAGAUUAGAAAACCAUGUUUGAUGAUAUGCAGCCUGGUGAUCAAUUUCAUCAGUUUAUGGCUUCAUCAAGAACUUCGCUGCCUAUUAUCCCUCUUUCAUUCCCAAACCCAACUUUAGUUCCCAGUUUUGACCCGUUUUCUUCUCAUCAAUUACAUCUUCAGCUAGAGUCGUCUGUUAAUCACAAGGUUGAACAGGAACAUGAAGAACAAAGAGAGAGAUCUAUGCUGGGAACGACGAUAUCGACCGAUCCUGAAUGGUCGCAUAAUGAAAUUCUUGCAUUGCUUAGAAUUAGAUCUAACAUCGAGAAUUGGUUUUCAGAUUUUACUUGGGAACACGUUUCAAGGAAACUUGCAGAUCUUGGGUUUAAAAGAACUGCAUAUAAAUGCAAGGAGAAAUUUGAAGAAGAAAGUAGAAAUUUCAACGGUAUAAGCUACAACAAGGAUUACAGGAUUUUCUCCGAACGCGAAGAUGAAUUCUUUCCUGAUGAUCAACAUCAAGAACCUCGUAUUUCUACAGAAAAGAAUCAACAAAAUCAAGAAGAUCAAAUAGGGAAGGAGAAUAUUGUGGAAGGAGAAUCAGAAAGAACUGUAACAGCAAUAACUGCAUCUCAAGAAAAUGAAGAACAAGUUGCUUAUAAACCAAGAGAAAACAUGAAGAGGAAAAGAAGAGGAGACAAAUUUGAA